CAACAUUCUGUUACCAGCAUGUUGAAAUGUAAGCUGCAGCAACCCCAGACAAUACAUAAUGAUUUUAAUGCAUUAGAUGUCAUGGUUUUUCUUAAAGUUUUCAUUUAAAAUUGCUCUAUAAUUUUCAGAGUUCAACAUAUAAUUUCACCUGCAGGAUUGUAGGCUAUUAAUUUGUGAGGAGGAACUGAUUUCAACCAUUGCCGCUGUGAAACAAGUGUCUGCAUGCCUGGAGCCACUUCAUGUACUAAAGGCUGAAGCUGACUUCCAGUAGAAACAUGAGGACUUUUCUUCUACUAUGUGCAGUAUUCCUGUCAUGGAGGGUUAGUCACGCAGGCAAGAUUUUGAUCGUUCCUUUGGAGGGAAGCCAUUGGGUGAACAUUGGGAUCAUGAUCAAAGCCCUCCAUGCUCAAGGACAUUCUGUCGAUGUCGUACGGACCAGUGAUAGCUGGUACAUCAAGGAGCACUCUGUCCACUACAAGACAAUCACUGUUCCUGUCACCGAAGCCUUUAAUCACGAUUUUAUCAAACCCAUCCUGAAAAAGAUCUUCAGCAUAGAAAGAGGAGAGGCCUCUGUUAUGACCUUUGUGAACUUGCAGGCUGAAAUGUUUAGUGCAAUGUUUGACAUGCAUGGGCUAAUAUCCAAAAUGGCUACGAUCAUGCUUAAAGAUAAAGAACUGAUGGAUAAUUUAAAGGCUCGUAAGUAUGACCUGCUCCUUACUGACCCUGCAUGGGGUGCAGGUAUAAUACUGGCUCACGCUCUUAAGCUUCCUCUGGUCUACAACGUACGAUGGGUAACUAGUGGCGAGGGACACUUGGCGAUUGCACCUUCUCCGUUAUCUUAUAUCCCAAUGACUGGCUCAGGACUUACAGACAAAAUGAGGUUCAUACAGAGGGUCAAAAAUCUCCUUUUCUAUGUCAUAUGGCAAUUCCAAGACACGUUUCUAAUCCACCCACAGUAUCAAGCUGUUUGUAAUAAGUUUUUCGGCCCAGAAGUUAGAUACAGUGGCUUAUUACAGGGAGCGGACCUGUGGCUCAUGAGGGCGGACUUUGUGUUUGAGUUCCCUCGCCCCACCAUGCCUAACGUUAUUUAUAUCGGAGGGUUCCAGUGCAAACCUGCUAAACCUCUACCUCAACACUUGGAAGAGUUUGUUCAGGGUUCUGGAGAGCAUGGAGUCAUCAUCAUGUCUCUGGGGACUUUUAUAGGUGAACUUCCUGCUGACUUGGCAAAUGAGAUCGCUGCUGUUUUUGCUAAAUUACCUCAGAAAGUCAUCUGGAAGUAUACUGGUGACAGACCAGCCACUCUGGGUAACAACACCUUAGUGGUUGACUGGAUGCCACAGAAUGACCUGUUAGGACACCCUAAGAUCAAACUGUUUGUUGCUCAUGGAGGAACAAAUGGAGUCCAAGAAGCUAUUUAUCAUGGAGUCCCAGUUGUUGGUAUCCCUGUGUUUUUUGACCAAUACGACAACCUGCUCCGUCUGAAAGACAGAGGAGGAGCUAAGAUUCUUACAUUAGCUACAGUGGACAAAGACGACAACUUCCUGAAGGCCAUCCAGGAAGUCCUGAACGAGCCCUCCUACAGGAUGAACAUGCAGAGACUGUCCAGGCUGCACAGAGAUCAGCCAAUAACACCACUGGAGAGUGCCCUCUUCUGGAUAGAGUUUGUCAUGAGGCACAAAGGUGCAGCUCACCUGAGAACUGAGUCCUUUAGAAUGCCCUGGUACUCCUACUACUCUGUAGAUGUAGUUUUGUCUUCUCUGGCCACUGUUGCAGUCAUUACUUUCCUACCUCUUGUCUGUUUCAGGUUGACGAAAAAAGAAAGAAAAGGCAUUCAAAUCAAUAAAAAAUGACAAGAAACUGUCCUCUGGCAGACGAGAACUAUUUAAAUCAUGAUUUUUUAUUUUUUAUUUUAAUUCUCUAGUGAUGCAUUCAUGUAAAUAAAGCUGGAAUCCGUUUAAAGUGUG